GCUGAAUCUUAUUGAUCCAGAAGGCGGCUAAUUAGCCCUUCCCUUCGUGCCUGUGUAAUGAAGCACAUGCGCACUGAAUUAAUCACAGCCAUUUUUUUUGCAGGAAACUAAUUAGCAGGAAUAAAGAUCCAAAGAGUUUUUUCUUUUCAAUCAUCAGAUCUCACUUUCACCUCUUCCUCGCUCCCUCUAACACAAGACUCAUCGCCCGCUUUGCAUCCAAAUUAUUUUUAUAUUGCCUUUAACAACUAAUAGUACUUCGGUUCUCCUUUUUUUUUUCUCUCCUCCUCUACACUCCGCAACAACAAUGAUCUUUCUUUUGCCACCCUAAGCGCAAACUGACCAAAACGGGGACUGCCUUGAUGGGAUCUUUAGCUAAAUCAUCUCAAUACUGGAUUAAAACGCGAGGAUCACAAAGCGGCAGCGAGAAAUUGCCUGGAUGCGAUGAACGCCUCAUGUAGGCAUCAGCAUGGACAGCUGUGAGUCUCCUGUGGUUUCUGGGACAGACGAUGGGCUCAGCUCCUCCCAGCAGCAGCAACCACCACAGCCCUGGAACGAUCACUCUAGCUCACAGGUCCCUUGCACCAACCAGGCUCCUUCCCUGGAUCCUCUGUCUCUCUCUGCUCCCUACCCUUCUCAAUCCCAAAACCCCAGUGCAACUCAUGACGGGAUAAGAGAAGAACAGUCCCAGCAUCAGCAGCUAAAACAGACAUCAGCCCAGACGCGCAGUGAUAGAUCUGCUACGGGCCAGCUGCAUCCCAGAGGAGAGGGUCUUGAGGAAGAAGAGCAAGAGGGAGUCAGUUGUGGAGAAGAGGAAGAAUCUGACGACUUAGAUGAAAUGGAGAUUGACAGCUGUUUCCCAAGUCUUCAGCCCUUUCCCGGGGUGCCAAUGGCUUCAGGGGGAGGAGGUAUGCCCACUCUUUUGAGACAUCCGCCCACACAACAGCAGGGAGCACCUGAGAGUGGGAGUGAGGAAGGAGAGGAGGAAGAUGAAGAGGAGAGCAGUGAUGUGGAGAACCUGGCUGGAGAAAUAGUCUACCAGCCGGAUGGCUCAGCCUACAUCGUAGAGAGCCUCAGUCAGUUGAUCCAAAGUGGUGGGGGCAUGGUACCCGGCCUGCUUCCCACAAACUCUAUUACCAGUGGGGGAAAACCGGGCGAACCUGCUGGGACUUCAUCUUCGGUCUACCCUCAGAUCAUCAACACGUUCCACAUAGCCUCGUCCUUCGGGAAGUGGUUUGGAACUUCAGACCAAGGUUUCCCCAAUACCUCAACCAUGGCAGGUCUCAGUCCUGUCCUGCACAGUUUCCGUGUCUUCGAUGUGCGGCACAAAAGCAACAAGGAUUACCUAAACAGCGAUGGGUCUGCCAAGAAGUCCUCUGUAUCCAAAGAUGUUCCCAACAACGUGGAUUUCUCCAAAUUUGAUGGGUUAGCCCUAUAUGGCAAGGGUAAGCCCAUUCUUAUGUGUUUUCUCUGCAAGCUGUCCUUUGGCUAUUCGCGUUCCUUUGCCACUCAUGCCGUCCAUGAUCACCGCAUGACACUGUGUGAGGACGAGCGGCGGCUGCUGGGGGACAAGCAAGUAUCUGCCAUCAUCCAGGGCAUUGGGAAGGACAAAGAGCCCCUCAUUAGUUUUCUGGAACCAAAAAAUAAGAGCACUCCUCUGCCAUCUACCCCGGCCACCAUUAACUCUAGCCAGAGCUUCUUUGGCACAUUUAGUGGUGUCCAUCUGGAGCCUGGUAGCAGCAGUGGGGGCGGCGAGAACCUUAUGAACAAAGACUCUGACUCUGGCCUCCAGCAAACCCAACUGAGCUCAGUCCAUUCUCUUGGAGGGCUGAGUAUUCCCAAAGCAUCCACUCUUACCUCAUCCCCAGGCUCUGCCAAAGACUCCAGUGCCCUGCCCAAACAGGGAGGGAGAACUGAGGAGGCUGUUGGGAAAGAGUUGGCAUGCAUGGGAGAGGAUGGGGACACUGAGCGACAUGAAAGCAAGGGACUCCUAUCCAGCCAGAUGGAGGGGUCAGAAGAAGAAGAGGAACUGUUGUUAGGUGAGGAGGAAGAUGAGGCGGAUGCAGAAAGCACUGCAGUGGCCUGUGGUGGUAACAGUAGCAGUGGCGGGGGUGAAGCGGGGGAACCAACUGUCUCAAACCAAAGCAUUUCCAAAUCUCCUUUAUUAAUGCCUAGUAGCGCUCUCCAGCCUUCUGCCUGCACCUCUGCAGUCAGUUCCACGCUCAACAGCAAAGCCCCUGCUUCCACUUGCUCCUCUGUCAAGGAAGAGGGUUCAGCUGCAGACGGUGGGGGGAGGACCUCCGAGCUCCCUCUGAGCUUUAACUGCCAGGGGCUCACUGUUCCCAUGGCAAUGGCGGCAGCUGCCGUCAGAAGGAGCGAGGAUGAUACCGCUGGCACUUCCUCCUCACCUCUGUCCUCAAAUGCUGCUGCUGACGAAAGUGCCAAUCGAGAUAGUGCCACAGCUCCAGAACCAAAUGAUUUCCCAGCAGAAGGAGAGGAGGAAAAUGGAGCCCUUCUGCACCAUCACCACAUGCACCACCUUCAUCAUCACCUACACCCUUCAUCUCAUGGCCACUCACACCCCCUCCCAGGGGGCUCCUGUGACAUAACAGGAAUGGGCGAGUGUUCACAGAACCAUGGGCUUGGUGGCACCAUAGGAAGUGGAGUAGAAUGCCCUAAAUGUGAUACUGUUCUGGGUUCCUCACGUUCCUUGGGUGGUCACAUGACCAUGAUGCAUUCACGCAACUCGUGCAAGACACUGAAGUGUCCCAAAUGCAACUGGCAUUACAAGUACCAGCAGACGUUGGAGGCCCACAUGAAAGAGAAGCACCCAGACUCUGGAGGCUCUUGUUCUUACUGCAGUAGUGGCCAGAGCCACCCUCGUCUUGCUCGUGGAGAAAGCUAUACCUGUGGAUACAAGCCCUUCCGGUGUGAGGUUUGCAACUACUCGACCACCACAAAGGGCAACUUAAGCAUCCACAUGCAGUCGGACAAGCACCUGAACAACAUGCAGACACUGCAGAAUGGAGGCUCUAUUGGCUCUGGGCAGGAGCAGGUGUUUGGACAUACCCCGGGAGGAGUGGUGGCUGUCCCCUCAGUGACCCAGGCCAGUAGCCAUCACCCACCCCACCACCAUCCUACACAGUCCUCCACUCAUAUGGCUGGACCUUGUGGGGCACCCUCUCCAACGAAGCCGAAGAGCAAACCUACUUGGCGGUGUGAGGUGUGUGACUAUGAGACCAAUGUGGCACGGAACCUGCGCAUCCACAUGACCAGUGAGAAGCACAUGCACAACAUGAUGCUACUUCAGCAGAAUGUGACUCAGAUGCAGCACAGCCGACUUGGCUUGGGAGCCAUGCCCUCACCCUCUGAGGCUGAGCUCUACCAGUAUUACCUGACCCAGAACAUGAGCCUACCACCAGGCCUCAAGAUAGACCCAGCUGGAGCAGAGGCCCAGUUCCUGAUGGGGAGCUUCCACCUGGAUCCCAACAUGGCUGCCCUGGCCCCGGCACUUGUUGGCGGGGAGCUGCCCAUGGACGUGCGGCUGGGCGGUGGCCAGUUGGUUUCCGAAGAAUUGAUGACCCUGGGAGAGAGUCUAUCACAAACCAGCGAUCCCUCCCUCAAGCUCUUUCAGUGCGCCGUGUGCAACCGCUUCACAACCGACAACCUGGAUGUGCUUGGCAUGCAUAUGGGAGCUGAACGCAGCCUACCGGAGGAGGAAUGGCGUGCGGUGGUGGGCGACUCUCACCAGUGCAAGUUGUGCCACUACACCACUCAGCUCAAGGCCAAUUUCCAGCUGCACUGCAAGACAGACAAGCACGUGCAGAAGUACCAGCUCAUAGCCCACAUUAAAGAAGGGGGCAAAGGCAACGAGUGGCGUCUGAAGUGUGUGGCCAUAGGCAACCCAGUGCACCUGAAAUGCAAUGCCUGUGACUACUAUACCAACAGCCUGGAGAAGCUGAGGAUGCACACCGUCAACACUCGCCAUGAGGCCAGCCUCAAAGUCUACAAGCACCUGCAGCAGCACGAGAACGCGGUGGAGGGUGAUGCCUGCUACUACCAUUGUGUGCUGUGCAACUACUCGACCAAGGCCAAGCUCAACCUGAUCCAGCAUGUGCGCUCCAUGAAGCACCAGCGCAGUGAGAGCCUCAGGAAGCUUCAGCGCCUGCAGAAGGGCCUGCCAGAGGAGGAGGAGGACCUCAGCUCCAUCUUCACCAUCCGCAAAUGCCCUUCUUCAGACACAGGAGAGCUGAGCGAGGAUGUGGAGGCUGCUAGUGAGACCACCACAGACCAGGAGGACCAAACCAAAGACAGAGAAAGUGGGGGGGAGAAGGAGCUCACCAAAGGGACAGCAUUGUCCAGCCACUUGGAACGGAACCAGCCGGAUUCCCCGGCCCCCUCCAAAAGGCCCUCUUCACGGUCGGAGACGUCAGAGAGCCCACUGUCCUCGAAGCGUCCCAGGACGGCUGAGAAGAGCGCUGCAGAGCAGAUGUACCAGUGCCCUUACUGCAAGUUCACCAACACGGACCUGAAUCGUCUCAGAAUGCACGUGAUGACACAGCACUCUGUCCAGCCCAUGUUACGCUGUCCACUGUGCCAGGACAUGCUCAACAACAAGAUCCACCUGCAGUUCCACCUCACACACCUCCACAGUGUGGCGCCUGACUGCGUUGAAAAGCUCGUCGCCACAGUGACAGCAACUGAAGUACUGCCAGCAAGCAUGUUCAUACCUGUACCGAGUCCAGACAGAGAGUCCCAGAGCACCCCUCAUGCCACAGCCAAUUCUAACUCUGAAGAUGCAAAGAAGCAAGCUGAUGCAUCAGAUGCUGAUCCAGAGAAGGGUAUGUCAUUCCCAGCAGAAAUAGCUGAGGCUCGCAAGUCACCUCUGGAAGACCAACAGUCAGAGAGAGAUGAUGCCACAGGAUUCCUGUGCUGGAAGAAAGGAUGUAAUCAAGUGUUCAAGUCCUCCAACUCCCUCCAGUUGCACUUCAAUGAAGUCCACAACAAAAGGCCUCAGCUGCCUGUUUCUGAUCGCCAUGUCUACAAGUACCGCUGUAACCAAUGCAGUCUGGCCUUCAAGACUGUAGAGAAACUACAGCUCCACUCACAGUAUCAUGUGAUCAGGGCAGCCACCAUGUGCUGCCUUUGCCAGCGAAGCUUCAGAACACUACAGGCCUUGAAGAAACAUUUGGAAACCAGCCACCUGGAGCUGAGCGAAGCAGAUAUCCAGCAGCUUUAUGGGGGCCUACUGAUGAAUGGUGACAUUAUGGUAAUGGCUGACCCAUCCCUUGGAGAGGAGCAUGUAACUCUGGGAGAAGACGACAAAGAGGGAGAUGAAAGUGACCAAGAAGAGAAGCAAAGCCCAACAGGCAGUGACUCUGGCUCCUUGCAAGAAGAUAAUGGAUCUGAACCUAAACGUGCUUUACCAUUCAGAAAGGGCCCCAACUUUACUAUGGAGAAGUUUUUGGAUCCAUCUCGUCCUUUCAAGUGCACUGUAUGCAAAGAGUCUUUUACACAGAAGAACAUUCUUCUGGUUCACUACAACUCUGUGUCCCACCUUCACAAGGUGAAGAGGGCUCUACAGGAGUCCACUAGUGGUCAACCUGAGCCUACUAGCAGUCCUGACAACAAGCCAUUCAAAUGCAGCACUUGUAACGUGGCAUACAGCCAGAGUUCAACUCUGGAGAUUCAUAUGCGCUCUGUUCUACACCAAACUAAAGCUAGGGCAGCCAAACUCGAAGCAGCAGGAGGGAUCCCUAGCUCUGCGAGUACUCCUGGAUUAAGUGGAGGAGGGUCCAGUAUCAGCACUUCAACAUCUAGUCCAAUCCCAGCAACUAACUCAACUACUAGCUCAACCAACCACAGUUCCUCUGGGUCUCAAACAACUCAGAGUAUUCUCGGAGGAAACCAUAUGAGCCACUGCAUUGAAACCCUUGGGAAUUCAUCAGUGAGCUGCCACUCCUCUCAAUCUGAGAACCAUGAGGUGAAGAAGAAUAAAUUUACAGACAUGCUGUCAGCAAGGGGGCAACAACAACAACAACAGCAACAACAACAACAGCAACAACAACAACAACAACAACAACAACAACAACAGCAGCAGCAGCAGCAGCAACACCAACAACAGCUUCAGCAGCAGCAACAGCAAUUGGCUCAGGCUCAAGCCCAAGCCCAAGUUCAGCUUCAGCAAGAGCUCCAACAGCAGGCUGCUAUUUUACAAUCGCAGUUGUUCAACCCAGCCCUUCUGCAGCACUUCCCAAUGACAACUGAUGGACUUCUCCCCCUGCAACAACAGCAAUUGUUAUUCCCUUUCUACAUCCCCGGUGCAGAAUUUCAGCUGAACCCAGAAAUGAGCCUCAGUAACUCAGCACUUGGCCUAGCAGGAUCCUCCACCGCCUCACUGCUGGAAGAUCUCAAAAAUUCUGCUCAGCAGGCCCAGCAGAGUUGCUUGCAGCAGCAAUUGAUGCACCACCAUCUUCAGCAGCAACAUCAACAACAGCAGCAGCAACAGCAGCAGUCUCACGCACACGCUCAGAGUCAGAUGGCAUUGCUUCAGCAAAGUGCAUCUCUCCUUCAACAGGUUGAAAAAAAGCAGAAACCUUCCUCCUCUCAGAAUGAGAAAGAGAGGGAAAUGCAAAGAGAGAGGGAUUCAAAUGAAAGAAAUGACGAAUAUGGAAACAAAGAUUCUGCAGACAGCAAGCUAAGAGAAAAGAAAGAUAUUCAGCAUAUUUCAAUUAACAUAAACCAUGAUACUGGAUUGCCUCCACCAAGGAUUGCUUCAGAUGCUCGAGGAAAUGCAACCAAAGCCCUGCUGGAAAAUUUUGGGUUUGAGUUAGUAAUUCAAUACAAUGAAAACAAACAGAAAGCUCAGAAAAAAACAGCUGGACCUACAGGAUCAAGUGGUCCAGGUGGGAUAACAAGAGUGGUGGACCCCAUUGAGGGAUUAGAGAAACUGGAAUGUGAAGCCUGUGGCAAGCUGUUUUCAAACAUACUGAUUCUAAAGAGUCACCAGGAGCAUAUCCAUCAGGCUUUCUUUCCAUUUCGAUCCCUAGAGAGAUUUGCUAAGGAAUACAGAGAGCAUUAUGAUAAACUCUAUCCACUGAGACCCCCUACACCAGAGGCAGCUCCAGCUCCUCCACCGCCUCCUCCUCCUCCUCCCCCUCCACCCCAAAGAGCUCCCACACCAAAUAUCCCUGUCUCUGCUGCCUCACUUACACCUCCAACUGUACCUCCCCAACAUCCACAAGUUUCAAUGGCACAAAUCUCCAUGCAAAUGGAUUUGCCCCUCUUCUCACCACUCAUGAUGCAAUCUAUGUCUAUGCAGUCUUUGCCCACUCAGUUGACUUCCCAGUUACAGUCAGUUGAGCCAAGCCUGGCCGCAGACCUGGCCCAGCUAUAUCAACAACAGCUUACACCAGCCAUGCUACAGCAGCAGCAGAACAAGAGGCCACGGACGCGCAUCACAGAUGACCAGCUUAGGGUCCUGCGACAGUACUUUGAUAUCAACAAUUCACCAAAUGAGGAACAAAUCAAAGAGAUGGCAGACAAGUCGGGGCUGCCACAAAAAGUCAUUAAGCACUGGUUCAGAAACACCCUUUUUAAAGAACGACAGCGCAACAAAGACUCACCAUACAAUUUCAAUAAUCCACCAACAACAACUCUAGAAGAUACAAAAGUUGAUUCUAAACCUCCUUCACCUGAACCUCAGAAACAAGAAUUUUAUGGAAGUAAGAGAUCAUCCAGGACGAGGUUUACUGACUACCAGCUAAGAGUGCUACAAGACUUCUUUGAUGCCAAUGCCUAUCCUAAAGAUGAUGAAUUUGAACAGCUCUCCAACCUUCUGGGCCUCCCCACUCGUGUUAUUGUUGUCUGGUUCCAAAAUGCUCGCCAGAAGGCCAGGAAGAACUAUGAAAACCAAGGGGAGGGGAGUAAAGAGGGUGAGAGACGAGAAUUGUCCAAUGACCGCUAUAUCCGCACCUCAAAUCUGAACUACCAGUGCAAGAAAUGCAGUCUGGUUUUCCAGCGGAUUUUUGAUCUAAUAAAACACCAAAAGAAGCUGUGUUACAAAGAUGAAGAUGAGGAUGGACAGUAUGACAGCCAAAACGAGGAUUCAAUGGAUCUUUCCAAUGAAUGUUAUACUCCCUCUGGGUCUUCCUGUCACACUCCAAUGCCCUCUUCUUCAAGCCUCUGCCCACUUCCACCCUCAACUUCAGCAUUCUCACACCUGUCAUCUUCCGAGAAAGAGGAAGCAUCACCAGCAUCCACCUCACACCUAUAUGACGAGAAACCCAAGCAAUUACCAGACAUUUCUGAUGAUCCUCGAGAAAAUAUAACCUCUAUUAAGCAGGAAAUUGUGCAUCAGCCCCAGUCCGAGGCUCAAGAGCAUAGACCUCAGAGAGAAGAGAAGAUUCAAACGAUUUCCAAGUCCAUCAAACAUUCAUCUCCUUCCUUCUCCCAGCAACAACAGCAGUGCGGUCCCUCAGCCUCUCAGACAAGCCAAGCCUCGUCACAAAGCACUCACAUGAGCCUCAAUGCACACCUAACCUCUGCCACACAACAACUGGCACAACAAAUGAUCCCUUACCAGUGUGAGCAGUGCAAGAUUGGCUUCCCUUCCUUUGAGCACUGGCAGGAACACCAGCAAUUACACUUCCUUUCUGUGCAAAAUCAAUUCAUCCACCCUCAAUUCCUCGACCGUCCAAUGGACAUGCCUUUCAUGCUUUUUGAUCCCAGCAAUCCACUCCUGGCGAGUCAGCUACUCUCUGGGGCGUUGCCACAGAUCCCCAGCAGCUCUGCCACCUCUCCGUCCACCCCCAACUCCACCAUGAACUCCCUGAAGAGGAAGUUAGAGGAGAAAGCUGGCACUAGUCCAGGAGAGAAUGACAGCACAAACAGCGGAGAAGAGCCACAGAGAGACAAGCGGCUCAGAACUACCAUCACACCUGAGCAGCUGGAGGUUCUAUAUCAGAAGUAUUUGUUAGAUUCUAAUCCUACACGCAAAAUGCUUGACCACAUUGCUCAUGAAGUGGGAUUAAAGAAGAGAGUAGUGCAGGUCUGGUUCCAAAAUACCAGAGCAAGAGAGAGAAAAGGUCAGUUUAGAGCAGUGGGGCCAGCUCAAGCUCAUCGCAGGUGCCCUUUUUGUCGAGCUCUUUUUAAAGCAAAAACUGCCCUAGAGGCCCACAUUCGCUCUCGUCACUGGCAUGAAGCCAAACGUGCUGGAUAUAAUUUAACUCUCGCUGGUAUGUUACCUGAUCAGGAGGGUAUGCAAAUAAAAAUUGAUGCUCUAGAGACAGCAGUAUACUCCCAACUUGUCUCAACAAACAGUGAUGGACAAAGUUCCUCUAUGUCACCAGUGAACAAAGGCAUGGAUUUGUCUCCCAGGAUUUUACUGAGCCCUUCAUCCAUUAAAGUUGAGGGAAUGGAAGAUUUUGAGAGUGCAACCAUGUCUUCAGUGAAUCUCAGCUUUGAUCCGAGCAAACUGGAUAAUGACGAUUGUUCUUCUGUGAAUACUGCCAUCACAGACACAACCACAGGUGAUGAGGCCAAUGCUGAUAAUGACAGUGCUGAUGCAAAGCACAGCCAGAAUAGUGGUGAUUACUUGUCUAAGUCUGGAGGCACAGUCCCACUACUUGAAAAUGACGACCAGAUGUCCUCAGGGCUUGUAAGCCCUGCAACAAGCUAUUAUGCUAGGGACUAUGAAAAUGAACAUAUAAUUGACCAUAGUGAAACGUCUAGCAUGGCUGACCCCUGCUCACCAAGUCCUGGAGCCUCAGGCACCAGGAGCAUUGACAGUGGAGAUCGACCUGGACAAAAGCGCUUUCGAACACAGAUGACCAACCUCCAGCUGAAAUUGUUGAAAUCCUGUUUCAACGACUACAGGACUCCUACUAUGCUGGAAUGUGAGGUACUUGGCAAUGACAUUGGACUUCCAAAGAGAGUGGUCCAGGUGUGGUUUCAAAAUGCCCGUGCCAAGGAGAAAAAGGCAAAGCUCAACAUGGCCAAGCAUUUCGGAAUAAAUCACACAUCCUACGAGGGGCCGAAGAUUGAAUGCACUUUGUGUGGUGUCAAGUACAGUGCUCGCCUCUCUGUUCGUGAUCACAUUUUCUCACAGCAACACAUCUCUAAGGUAAAGGAUACCAUUGGCAGCCAGAUCGAUAAGGAAAAAGAAUACUUUGAUCCAGCCACUGUCCGCCAACUUAUGGCCCAGCAAGAGAUGGAUCGUAUUAAGAAGGCCAAUGAAGUUUUAGGACUGGCACAGCAGCAGGCAAUGCAGCAGGGGAUGUUUGAUAACCCGGCAAUGCAGGCUCUGAAUCUCCAGUCAGGUUAUCCAAAUCUGCAAGGCAUCCCGCCUGUCCUUCUGCCAGGAGUUGGCAGCCCCUCUAUUUCCAGCUUCAACUCAUCUAAUUCAGCUUUAACUCCUCCAAAACCUUCAAACCUCCUGAACAUGCCUGGUGCCAGUGUUCCCUCACCUAGCCUCCCUACAUCCGGAUUACCCAACAAGCCUCCCUCCUCAUCAUCUGUUGCCGCAUCCAGCCCAGCCCAGCCCAACACGUCCACAUCGCACUCAAGUCCCACCACCACAUCAAACUCCACUUCCUCAACCACCCAGUCUGGUACCCGGCCUGAAGCCCCCAAAGAACGUAGUACUGAGAGGGUAAGGGAGAAGGAGAAGUCCAAGGAAAAGACAGAGAAGCCCUCAACCCCAUCAUCCACUGGAAGCACUCCUGCUCCAUCCACCUCUGCUGCCAGCGCCAAGAAGGAGAAACCAGACACAGCUGUACCUGCCACCUCUAUGCCCACACCUGGCAUGGAGUAUGUGGUAGAUCCUGCCCAGCUUCAGGCUCUGCAGGCAGCUUUGGCAUCCGAUCCCACAUCUCUCCUCACAAACCAGUUCCUGCCCUACUUCAUGCCUGGCUUUUCCCCAUAUUACUCUCCACAGAUCCCUGGGGCUCUCCAAGGGGGCUACUUGCAACCAAUGUAUGGUAUGGAAAGUCUCUUCCCAUACAACCCAGCAUUGUCGCAAGCAUUGAUGGGCCUAUCUCCAGGGUCCCUGCUGCAGCAUUACCAGCAAUAUCAGCAGGGCUUGCAGGAGGCACUACAGCAGCAGCAGCAGCAACAGCAACAGCAGCAGCAACAACAGCAGCAGCAACAGCAGCAGCAGCAGCAGAGGCAGCAGAGGCAGAUCCAGCAACCCAAGUCGAGCCAACCUGCAGUUCCCUCUCAGUCCUUGGGGGAUCGUAAAGAAUCUGCCAAAGAUCCAGCUAAAACAGAGGCGCAAAAGAGCAACUCCCAUAGUGAACCCCCCACUUCCUCCUCCUCCUCCUCCUCUCGUAGUAAAGUAUCCGCUGAGCAGAAAGUAAUGGAUGGGAAGGCCGGUACCCACCAUCUAGACCAGUUCAUCGUCCCCAAGGUGCAGUAUACACUGGCAUGCCGCAAAUGUCAAGCAGUUUUCACCAAGGAAGAAGCGGCUAUUACCCACGUUAAAUCGAACUGUUUUUUCGGUCAGUCUGUGGCAAACCUGCAAGAGAUGUUGCUGCGUGUCCCUGGUGGCGUAGGUACAGCGGCUGGAAGUCUCUAUGACUGUCUGGCUUGUGACACUACGUUGGAUGGGGAGAAAGCACUCAGUCAACACCUGGAAUCGGCAUUGCACAAACACAGAACAAUCAAGCGAUCAGCCAGAAAUGCCAAAGAGCACGCUACUAGUUUAUUACCUCACUCUUCAGCCUGCUUCCCCAAUCCUAACACCGCAUCUACCUCGCAGUCUGCCACUCAUCCCAUCAGCAGCCCUCCUCCCCCGCCAACAACAUCAGCCACCAUGCCAUCCUCUGCUGUCUCCUCUUCCUUGUGCUCCUCCUCUACUACCCCACUCAACACCACAGCUGCCGGCAAAUCCUGGCCCCAGGCCCCUUUCUCCAGAGCUUUAGCUGGGAAGCCCAAUGCCAGUCCCUCCUCUUCUUCCUCCUCGUUUCCUCCAGUGUCCUCACCUUCAACGGUUACCUCAAGUUCAUUGAGCACCUCAGGAGUUCAGACCUCGAUACCAACAGACGUCUUUACUGACGAGUCUGACUCUGACAGCAGUCAGAAGUCAGCAGACAGGCUGGGCAUAACGGCGGAGGAGCCGCAGCAGCCUGGCUUUGUCAAAGACAGUAGUAGUUGUAGUAGUAAUCUUGCUAGUGUAGGAACAGACUCCAUCAGAUUGUAAAAUAGCUUUCAGUGAUGGACAAUAUUUAAAAAACACUAAAAAAGACAAAAAAAAUCACAAAUGGAAAAAACAUAAAAAGCAGCAAUGUUAAAAAUACAUUAAAAGUAUACAAACCAAUUUCAGAAAAAGAUGUGUAAAGACUAACUGCAAUUCCAAAGCUUGUAACCAAAAAUUUUAAUGUUAGUGGAUUGUUUUCCCAUAUCAACAUGCUGGUUUCCAUUUUGUUUUUUUUUCUCUUGUCUCUCUUGUUUGUUUUUGUUUUACUCAACUGAAAUACAUGCAUACUAAUAUAUGAGAAUAGAAAAGAUCACUGCAGUUCUGUUUUGAGUAAUGGUAGAGGAAUGCUGUACUGUAUGGCAAUGGACUGCCUUAAAGUUGACAAAUGGCCCAAGAACCCUUUUGAAGAAACAAGCGUCAACAAGCUGUCCCUUUGUUUUGUAAUCAUUUCUACUUAAUAGCACAGUCACAAAAAGCCAGUAUGUACUGUAUGGGAGAAUAGUCUAUCAGUUUUCUUGCUAUUUAAGAAUUCAGAUACCAAUGGCUUGCAAAACUAAAAGAAUAAUGUAAUGUCUAUUUUAUUCUCAGGUCAACAGCUAACAGAUGUUUUUCUGUUACAGAGAUCCAUGUUUUACACAUUUUGUUUCCAUAAGGAGAUGAGCAAUUUCUUUUCUUUUUUCAGAACUUGAUUUCGUAAACGAAAGCUUUAAGUUGCAUUCAAUUUCAAUAAGGCAUUGUUUCUGGGCAUUCAAAAAAGGGUAAAUGAUUUGCUGACUUUAAUAUUAGAAAUCCUUUUAAAAGGGGGGAAAUAGCAAUUCCAUAAUACCCAGACACGGAGAGCACUGCAGAUACAAUAAUGGGCCAUUAAAAGUUUUGAUCAAAAAAAACAACCUUCUGUAUUUAUGAUAGAUAUGAACAUUUUUGGUGUUAAGUAGAUUGUUGCAUUGGAAAUGAAUUUAAACAGUAUGGUAGGUUGAAAAAAAACUUUGUGUACAUUUAGCUUUUGUAUUGUCCACCUUUAAGACGCUUCAUUUGAUGUUGUCUUGGUCAUUCCGAUAGACUAGAUUUAUGGACAGGUAAUUUAUCGAAACUUUAUUUCUGUCUUAUUCUCAACUUCUUGGGAAAAAUUCACCCAAAAAUGCCCCUCCUGACAAGGAAGGAACCUCUUUAAGAAUUAUUUAAAUUUUAUGGUAUGGUUGUUACUGUGCUAACCUAGAUGAAAAAGAUCCUGGGUGAAAUAUUGAAAGUUUUAUUUUAUUUAAUUUUUGUGUUACCUUUGUGCACUUAUCACUGUCUGACUUAUAUUUCUCACUCUACUUGUUCCUCUCUUCGCACUUAUUUUUCUCUGCUCUCCUGUGUUUGUAGAUAUGUACACUACAAAGCAGGUCUUUUGUUCUUCAUGUAGUGUGGUUACAGUCUUUAUUUUCAUCUUGACAUUUUUGUUGUCAUAAAUGAAAACGAAAAAAGAAUACUAAUAAUAAUUCUCACGCUUUAAGACAAAAAGAAAAUCCAAAGACUAAACACUUUCACCAUUGGUGCAUAAAGAAGAGGCUUCUUUAUACUUGAGAAUUUGUUGCUGUUUUUAGGGGAAAGAAAACAAAGUUUUAAAAGAUAAAGGAGUACGCAUCAGAGUUGCCGUUUUUGCUUCUUUGCAAGCAAACAGGUAGCUUUUUUACGUAAAUACCAAAAACCAAAAAGGGCCCCAUGUCCUUGCAUUGUGGAGUAGCACCGUUACAGAGCCAUUGCAGUUUGUAAGAUAGAGGUUAUUAAUCUUUGUUUGACUUUUUGUCACAUUCAAAUGUCCAUUUUUUUUAAAGAAAAUGUAUAAGGUCUGGUCUUCAAGGACAUACGUUUUGCUGCUAAUGUAGAAUUUUGAAAGAAAAAAAGAGUACCUAGAUGCAUGCUCAUUUUGCUUUUGGCUAAGCUUUAACUAAAACAAACAAUAAACCAAUUUCUUGCCUCUGCAACACCUUUUUUUUCCUUGUUGCAAAAACGGAACUUUGAAGACUGUGAAUAUAUGUUCCAAAGGACAUUUUGCCGAUUUUCUUUUUGAACAGACCAAUGUUUGAAGCCAAUGAUCUAUAACGUUUGUAAAGACCAGUGCAUUCCAAAUAUCACAAUGGAUUUUUCUUAAGCAAGGACUGAUUUCAUUUAAUUGCUUUAAUUGACACAAUCUAUUUUUUUUGCUCAUUUUAAAGUGACUGUAAACUGUUGUGUAAAUUUUUGCGUCAUUGGUUGCUGAACAAAGUGACCUCCAAAUGUCAUUUUGUGCUGGCAUGGAACAUUGCUGAAAAUCCCUCCAUCCAGUCAAGGUUGUUGCUCACUUGUUAAGCAAGUUAUAGUGGUUACCAAAAAAUGUAUAUAAUACAUCUGGUACUGAUGUGUCUCAUAGGUUUAGUGACAUUUAUGCCAGUCAACAUACAACUAGUCUCAGAGGGAAAUGAUGCUUGUUUUGUUGAGGUGUCGUUGCCUGUCUCCUGGGAAAUCCACCAGUGACUUGUCCCAUGGGUCUGCAGGAUGCCACUUCCACACAUAGCUUACAGGUCUUUAAAGGGACAUCUUCAUUCCAAAGCAUUAUUUCUGGAAAAAGUAGGAGGUAUUUUGGAGAUGUCCCUUGUUUCAAAUGCUUAGGAUGCUUUCAUGUCCAAAGAAGUCACCCAGUUCAUCUUGUUGCAAUGGAAAUGGAUGUGCAUACGUUUCCCCGCCCUCUCACUGACGAUCUGCAGUUUUUUUUUACACCAAAACCCAGACAUAUUCUAAUUUGUGAAGAACUACCUUUGGCCACUAUUGUAUCACAGACAGCCACAAUCUCAGAAGUGUGUUUAAGUGCUACAGUACGUCUCGCAGAGAUUUGGUGUUAAUAAUACAGCAUGCUGUUGAGCGUCCGUUGAUUUGGUCUGCAAGCUUGCUAAUUCUCUCCUAAGUCCAGUUCCCUGAAAUUCUGUUCAUAUGUAUUUUUUAUUUUGGAAAAAUCUUAAGUUGUACAGUUUUUCCUUGUGUGUUUGCUUUAUUUUAAGUUUUGAAAAAUGUCAGACAUGUACUGUUAUUUUCGCAUAUGUAUUUGUAUUUCAGUUUCUGUAUAUUACUUUAUCAUAAAUUAACACAAGCUUUAAUUUGAAUUGCUGAAAUUAAGAAACAAAAACAAAAAAAUAUGACCUGGCCACUUUAUAGUGUGAUAUUGUUCUUUAUAUUCAUUCUUCGAGUCUCAAUGAUACUGUUUGCUCUCUAAUUUCCAAAGUGUAAUCUUGUGGGCUCUUUUGUUGAAGACAAAUUUGAGGUCUCUACAUUAGAUUCAGCCAGCAUGGACUGUGUGUGAGUUUGUAUGUUUGUGUGUGUGCGUGUGUGUGUGUGUGUGUGUGUUUCAUAAGAGCCAGCAUCAAUUCAACUUAUUUUGUUUGCCUUUUUUUUUUAUAUAUGUUACACAUCAAAACAAACUGAACCACAAAGCUGGAUCAUGAAUAACUGAAAUUUAGAAAAUCAAAUUUUAAAGCUAACGAUCAGAAACGAGAUAAUGAUACCGAAGCACUGAGCAGUUUUUACUUUCAUUGAAUAUAUGAAUGUGGCCAAAGCUUUAUGCAGUUGAAACAAAAAGACAAAAAAAACUACAAGUUGUGCCCCAGAUAAGUGUAUAUUUUAUUGUGGCACAAAAUGUUACUGUGGAUAACUGGAUCCACUGACUUACAUUGGGAUACUUGAUUUAAUGGACAUUUACAAAGAGAGAGAUAAAGACAAGGUUUUGCUGUAGAGGUCAUCUUUUGCCCACUGUGAAAACGAGCGUGUACCUGUAUACAGAUAUAGAUAUAUUUAAAACAAGACAUCAACUUUUUUCUUUUCUUUCUGAGAUGAAGAAGUAAUGAAAAGAGGAAAAAAAAGGACUCUGGGAAGCUUUGGAGAUCUUGUUAGGAGGACGUGAGAGGCUGCGGGCAAACCAAAACUGGGCAUGGGAGCCAAAGGCAGGCUCAAAAACAGCUUUAAAACCACCUCCUUAUUUGAUUACUGACAACUCUGUAAUGGGAAUGGACUCUGGAACCAAUGGACAUGUGUGACACAGAGGAAACUCCUUAGAUGAAACUGAACUUAAGUGGCUCCAGCUGCCUCUUCCCCCCCUUUCUGUCUGUCUCUUUAUUCUUCAGCUCUGCCUCUGCUUCUGCUCUUUGAUGGACGUUUUCCAAGUUUCAGGACAGGAUGGACAGACAUGCUUGCUUCAUUUCUCCCAGUUCAUGUUGCUACCUGUUUCAUUUCCUCGCGCUUGUCUCGGGUUGACAAGUAAAGCUCUCCAGUCAAACGGCGGCUCACCCCUCUCUCUGUCGAUUACAAUAUCUAAAGAGAGAACAGAGAGAAGGGAAGGGUUCUCAAAGGUGUCAUUCUUAAAGAGGCAGUUACACUAAAAAAGCGUAUUAACCAAAAUUAACAACCAAACUAACAACCAAACAACCAUUUGCUCCAACUUGAAAGAUGAACUGUUACUUGGAGCUAUCUGUUCCUUUUGUGACUUCUGGUGCCACAAUGUUUUUUUAAUGCUUUUAGUUUUUCUUUUUGUUUCCUUGAAUUACUCCUCCUUCGAGCCUCAUAAGCAUGGCUCUGUGGCUCCAGGCAGCCCAUCCGAGGGUAGAAAAAAACAGCCUUGCAAUGUACAAAAAAGAGCAAGUUAAACCAAAAAUGUUGUUCUUGAUGUCUUUUCUAUACUGUAGUCUUGUUAGCUUUUUUGUUACUGUAAUUAUAUGAUGAAGAUUUCCAAACUGUACCAAAUUACAUGGAAACUAACAUACAUACAACCACACGGAACUUCAGACUUUUAAAGAAACUUUUGUCACAAAACCUUGUUGUCCUAGUUAAGUUGAUUGUAGAUGGUAAUUGAAUAUACUCCUUUGAAAAUAUUUCAUCAAGUAUGUUUCUUGCUCAUUGUGAUACAUUAAAAAAGUAUGAGCAUAAAUC